UUAAUUUAAAGUAUAUUUCCAUCCGGAUAUUUCACGUUUUUUAAAGACAAGGACAAGUACCAGGACAUAUAUUCGAGAUAAAUAGUUUAUGUCAUGGCUUCGUGUUUAGCCUCCAUGAAAAAGGACAAAUAUACUGUAUAUUUGUGUAUGACAACCAAUGAAAGAUGCUCUGUACAGUAUGCUUAUUGUCAGUGUCCCAUUGGUUUAGCCCAGUUAUGUAGCCAUAUUGGUGGAGUUGUAUUUGCAUUAAACGGCAAAUACAGGCUUAAAGCACUUGCUAGAGAAUCAGCUGAAAGCUGCACAUCAAAGUUGUGCAACUGGAUUGUGCCUAGGAGUGCUCAACAGAUCCCAAAGCCUGUUAGUGCAUUAUCUUUUAACAAACCAAAGCUUGUUGAAGAUCCAAAAGUCCGAUCAGUAGACUAUGAUCCUCGCCAUCCAAAGGACAGAGUAUUUGACAUUUCUGAUACCCUGGCUAAGCUGAAGGAAUUGAAGAAAAUCUUCCCGAACACAGGAAUGAGUCACUUAUGGAAUAUUCCAGAUGAAGUACCAGAUCUUGUACAUAAAGAAGUUGUUGAGACGGUAGUUGAGACGGUUGUUGAGACAGUAGUUGACCAAAUGUACAAACAGAUGAAAAUGAUUGUGUUUGCUGUAAAUCAUGGUAUAAAGCAUAAGGUACAAAUAUUUAGUUUGCACAGCUGUUGUAUUUUGAGAGAUGUGGAAAUAAGAAAAAAAAUGAUCAAGAAACAUGUGCAGUAUUAUAUCAUGUGCAUUUUUGUUGGAACAAAUGAGGAGUUAGUGACUUAUAUAGAGGAGUCAACAAGAGGUCAAAGGAAGUCAGCAAUGCGGCUUAAUCUUCACAAAGGCAGAAUAACUAGCUCUUUGUUUGGACAGCUUCUGAAAGCUGGUAGCAAUCCUAACAGUUCGAUUAACCAAAUCAUUGAAGGAUCUUCCCUUGACAGGUAUUUUAACUUAAUCUUUUAG